CCAUCAUGGUGGACUUUCUGAGCCAUGGCGUACUACACUCUAAUGCAUUCAGUUGCCGGAGAAGAACAGAUCUGUAUUUCUAGCGUCUUUGGGCUGGAAGCUGACGAAAUCCCGAAGAAAAGAACUCUUGAAAUGAGCUUCAGUGGAGCUAUUUAACAUUUUAAAGCUCGCUUAAAGACGUGAGAAAGUUUUAGUUAGGAUGUUAUUUUUUCAUGUUUUGCUUAGCCUCUUGCUAGCAGCAGGUUCUCCAAGUCAGACGGUCAAAAUCACACCCCCGCACAACUUGACACUUCAGUGGACCAGCGACUUUGAUGCACAGCUGUGGUGGGCACAUGAGCGUCUGCCGCCAAGCUGCAAGUACAAAGUGUCGUGGAGAACGAAGGAGAAAUACUCGAUGGAGGAGAGCGAUCAUCAGACACCGCCAUCCCUGUUGAGCUUUUCAAUGGAGGGGGGCUCCUUGUUUGUUUCUGUUCACAGCGUCUGUAAGGACCAACACAGCCAGCCUGCCGUCCUCAAUGUUACAUACCCAGAGCUGGUCUCUGAUGUGCAAUGCGGCAUCAUCUCAUCCACGCUCACUCAGUGCUCCUGGCGGCCGCUCAGUCCUCCUCCAAGUCUCUCUUUCUAUUAUGGGUUAGUGGACGAGCUGGAAGACAUGGCCUCCUUCGAUGUCAAGUUACGAGAGUGCCCGUUGUACACUCACACCGACAGCCUGAGGACGGGCUGCCAUCUGCGGUCCACAGCCAUCCAGUCCAUCUACGUAUUGUUCAACACAACCCUUAAUGAUACCCUUGUCAGAAACACCUUCAAAAUAAAACCUGUGCCAGGUGGAGACAUUCUCAAUCAUUAUUGUCCUUUCAUGGACGUAUUGUGUGUAGUCUUGGUCAACAUUUUAGCAUCCAUUCCCUGUGCAGUGACUCCUCGUCCACUAAACUGGAGCAUUAGUGAAGUUGGAGGCAAAUUCAUCUUAAGCUGGGUCCCUCCUGAUGUCUUACAUCUGUCUCGCUGGACCUUCAUCAUAAAUUACACUGAGUGUGAUGAAAGGAAGAUUAUAGAAGUCCUGGGAAAGACGUCAAAGCUAAUACACCGGGUGUCUCACUGCUGCUACCACAUGUCCCUUAAAGCACGCAGCUUAGACGGAGAGACGGGAUGGAGUGAUGCAAAGUAUUUUGCUGCAGCCAAAGAUGCGAACGCGAGGCUGUAUGCCGCCAUCAUCAUCCCGCUGCUGCUUGUUGGCCUCACCUUGCUCACUUGUGUGUGCUGCAGCAGGAAUAAAGAACACAUCUUCACCAAAGUGCCACAACCUCGGGACCUUCUCAGUGAUAUUUACAACAACAAAACAAAGAGUGCAGUUUGCAACCUUCAUUUCCCAGAAAAGGAAGAAGAGAAUUGCAAGAUUACUCUGGUGACGGAUCAGCAACAAGAGCAAUUUCACCAUUUCAUUUGACUCUUGAUUGUAUUUAACCUGUAUUUUCAAAUUAAAAGAGAAACAAAAUUGACUACCUGAAUCUACUUGAGUGAAACGAAUGAAUAAAAGUGU